AUGCUUGUGGGGCACAAAAUCCUCAACCAAGAUUAUCAUGCCAAGCGCAGGCUUUCUAGUGUCGACGCUGCAGGCAAACCUGCUUCCCAUGCCUACUCCUCCCUCGCUCCUAUGUGGGCAGGUAUCGCUGGCGCUCUUGUGAAUGGCGGACAAGGCUUUGAGAUUGUGAUUUCCAUACAUGACUCCGUCUACAACACCGAUUUCGCAUUGGUCAUCAUGCCUUACACCUCCAACGAUCCCACUAAGUCUGCGUCUGACAUUGCAAAUCACGUUCUUCAGACCAUCAAAAAGUUCUCCCAGGAGCACUUGUGCAAGUUCCUUGGCGCCGGUGUUACCCUUGGUCUCUUGAAAGAGUGUCCCAAUCUCUGCACUCAUUUAUGGCUUGAGGCUGAUAUUGUCCUGAUCGUCUUUAAUAUCAAGCCAUUCCACACUGAUUCACUGACGCGCCCAAACAUCAAACAUCGCAUCUCCUCAACCACCGGUUCAUAUGUUCCCUCCGGUGCCGAGACCCCCACAGUCUAUGUUGAUCCUUCCCCACUUUUGGAUCAGAACAACCUCCAGUCAGGUGUCGCUACGAAACUUCCAAUCCCGCAUACUCUUGAUGAGCAAGCUGAUUCUGCUGCCCGAAAAUGUCUAAUGUAUUACGGCCCCAACAAUAACCCUCGCCUCACCAUCGGUCCCCAUAAUCAAGUUACUGUCGAUGCGGCCGGCAAGAUCCAUCUGAUAGAUGAUCUUGACGUCUACAGGAAAUUUGUUGGACCAGACGAAUUGCGAGAGAAAAAAGUCAAGAUCGGUUUCUUCUCUUCCACACCUCAAGGGGGUGGAGUAGCUCUGUAUGUGCCGAACCCAUCGCUGAGUGUAUUCCGUACUACGAAAAACAACCACAACAUCUUGCAAGGUGUUGCUGCCCCAGACCUUCGCCUCACCCAGGAGGCGAAAGAUCAAUUUGAUGCAUGGAUUCUUAAAAAUGGACUUAGAUGGACUGCGGAGGAAGUCAGACCCGAGCUACCCAUCAUCUAUCGAUCGCACAUUGAGAUCCACAGCGAUCUCGUGCAUGUGAAAGGACCCCCUCAGGAAGAAGUCUGGAAAUACCUUUGGAAAAAAAUUCAACUAGCAGAUCUCUUCAUCAGUCAUCCAGUCAGCAAGUUCGUCCCUAGCGAUGUUCCUAUCGAGAAGCUCGCAUUACUGGGUGCCGCCACUGACUCAGGGCUCGAUGGGUUGAACAAGCACCUCCACCCAUGGGAUAGCCAGUUCUACAUGGCAAAGGGUAUUCCAAAUGUCAUCGACUCGUAUGCUUGCCUCCGCAUCAUGCUCAAAGAGUCUGGAAGGGUUACCAAAGCGGAGGUGCCCCAGCUAUUGAUUUGUGGCCACGGUGCCGUCGAUGACCCUGAUGCCAGCAUCAUCUACAACCAAGUCAUGAACCUCAUCAGCUCGCCUGACUACAAGGUGUACCAGUCGGACAUCAUUGUGAUGAGGUUGCCCCCAAGUGACCAAUUUCUCGAUGCUCUGAUGGCUAACACCAAGAUUGCCCUUCAGCUUUCUCUUUGUGAGGGCUUUGAGGUCAAAGUUUCUGAAGCCUUGCAUGCUGGUAUACCUAUCGUGGCUUCCCACACUGGUGGUAUUCCUCUUCAAAUUGUGCAUGGCAAGUCGGGCUACCUCACAGAAACUGGCAAUAACAAUGAGGUUGCCAAAUACCUCUUUAACUUGUACACUGACGAGACGUUGUACUCGGAGAUGAGUGAGUAUGCGCAUACACACGUCUCCGAUGAAGUUGGCACUGUCGAAAACGCCGCUGCUUGGUUGUACCUCGCUAUUCAGCCUCAUGGCGCUUGGCUCAACGACAUGCUAAGAGAGGAAACUGGGGAGCCUUACGUUGAGCCAGGCAAGCCUAGACUGCCUCGUGGUGGGCUGAACAUCCAAGGUUAA